CCCGCUGCAUAUAGGACGCAAAGGAAAUGUAAACGCAUGCGCGCAAUUAUCUGUACUCAGCAGUAUUCAGUAGUACCUCGAGCGUGGUGCUGGUCAUUUUGUAAAAUUUGUCGUUUAAUCUGAGGAGUUUCCACGUGAACGCCUAUCGACCGUUCGUUCACCGUGUCGUUCGCUAAUAAUAUCCGCAAGUGUAUAUUUCAACAGUUCCGUCGUGAUCAACAACUGUGUUCCAAUCAGUGUCAAUUCGUGUCUUCUCUUCGAGAAAAUUUCUAGAUUUAUGGUGUUUUAAAUACGUACGUGCGCGUGUGUACGUCAGUACGAUAUAGAACAUGCAUAUAGUGUGUAAAUCAUAAAACGAUCAUGAGCUAGUGGAAUCAAUAGUAGAAAAGAAAUUGUGAUAUGCGAUAAUACCGACUGGGACGUGAAUUGUUUCCUUUCGACCGCGUGGAAUAUUCAAGACGCUGUCGCGUGUACUUGACGUUCACGAGUGAUGCUGGUUGUUUGGCAAGGAGCACGCCGUUGCCUGAGUUGCAGCGGGCAGCGCACUCAUCAAGGCUACCAACUGCGUCGUCAUCGUGGUUCACUCGGUGAUAAACUUGAUCGAUAUCAAAUCGGAACUCGGGACGAUGCGGCCUUGCUACUGGAGCUGAAACCGCCGCGCAUACUGCGUCAGACGGAAGGUCCGCAGCCGCAACCGAUCACCAAAAAGUAAGAACCAACAAAAAGAAAAACAACACAAAACCAAAAAAAAAAAAAAAAAAAAAUAGUAACCGUCUCGCGUCUCGUCCUUUCCACGUUGCUAGCGCAACUCGCAAACGAGUAUCAGGAAACGGAACGAUAGAAAGACCGACACAAAAAAAAAGCGAAUAUUAGAAAAAAAAGAGCUUUUUUAAGCGUGCGAGAGGGGGAGAGAGAGAGAGAGAGAGAGAGAGAAAGGGGGAAAGGAGGCGACAGAACGAAGCAUUAAAGGAGAAACGGAAGAACAAAGAAAAAGAAAAAAAAAACGAAUGCUUUCGAGUCGAAUCAGUGUACAGGAUGUUGAAACUACAUACGGUAUAUUCUAACUCGAAAGGGACAGUCGAGCGAAAAACUUGAGAAACUUUGUUCGAGUUAGCGUCGUCGCUCUGUUCCAAAUUCGGAGCAAGGCAAAAA